GUUAAACUGGCUGAAAUAGAACGUGCACGUUCAGAGCUUCAAGAGAAAUGCACAAAACUGCAGCAGGAAACAGAAAAUAUAACCAAUCAGUUGGAAGAGGCUGAAUUGAAAGCAUCUGCUGCUGUGAAAUCUGCCAGUAAUAUGGAAUCCCAGUUGACAGAAGCGCAGCAAUUACUCGAGGAAGAGACACGCCAGAAGUUAUCACUGAGCUCAAAACUAAGACAGCUUGAAUCGGAAAAGGAGGCCUUGCAGGAGCAACUUGAAGAAGAUGAAGAGGCGAAACGGAACUAUGAGCGUAAAUUGGCCGAAGUAACAGCACAAAUGCAAGAUAUUAAAAAGAAAGCAGAAGAAGAUGCAGAUCUUGCUAAAGAAUUGGAGGAGGGCAAGAAGCGCUUGAAUAAAGAGAUAGAAGCUUUGGAAAGGCAAGUAAAGGAGUUAACAGCGCAAAAUGAUCGUUUAGAUAAGAGUAAGAAGAAGAUACAAUCGGAACUUGAGGACACGACUAUUGAGUUGGAAGCACAACGUACAAAGGUGCUUGAUUUAGAAAAGAAGCAAAAGAAUUUCGAUAAAAUUCUUGCUGAGGAGAAAGCCAUAUCUGAGCAGAUAGCUCAAGAGCGCGACACUGCGGAGCGGGAAGCCCGUGAAAAGGAGACCAAGGUGCUUUCACUAACACGCGAAUUAGAUGAAGCUUACGAUAAAAUUGAAGACCUUGAGAACAAAAGAAAAGUGUUGCAAAACGAACUUGAUGAUUUGGCCAACACACAAGGCACUGCCGAUAAGAAUGUUCACGAGUUGGAAAAGGCAAAGCGUGCACUGGAGUCGCAGCUGGCUGAACUGAAGGCUCAAAACGAGGAACUCGAAGAUGAUUUGCAGUUGACGGAAGAUGCCAAGCUGCGCCUGGAAGUGAACAUGCAGGCGCUGCGGUCGCAAUUCGAACGUGAUUUACAAGCGAAAGAAGAGCAGGCGGAAGAAAAACGCCGUGGUCUUGUUAAGCAGUUAAGGGACCUGGAGGCUGAGUUAGAUGAGGAACGCAAGCAACGCACUGCAGCUGUGGCAGCGAAGAAGAAGCUCGAAGGGGAUCUAAAAGAAAUUGAAACAACCAUGGAAAUGCAUAACAAAGUGAAAGAAGACGCUUUGAAGCAUGCGAAAAAACUGCAAGCUCAGGUUAAAGACGCUUUGCGUGAUGCUGAAGAAGCUAAAGCUGCGAAAGAAGAAUUACAGGCUGCAAGCAAAGAAGCUGAGCGCAAGGUGAAAGCCUUAGAAGCUGAAGUGAUGCAGUUAACCGAAGAUUUAGCCAGUUCCGAAAGAGCUCGCCGUUCUGCAGAAACAGAGCGUGAUGAACUUGCAGAAGAAAUUUCCAAUAAUGCCAGUAAGGGUUCUCUUAUGAUCGAUGAGAAGCGACGAUUAGAAGCGAGAAUCGCCACAUUAGAAGAAGAGCUGGAAGAGGAGCAAUCGAAUUCAGAAGUGCUAUUAGACCGUAGUCGCAAGGCGCAAUUAUCCAUAGAGCAACUCUCGACCGAAUUAGCCAAUGAAAAAUCGAAUUCGCAAAAGAACGAAAAUACACGUGCACUACUUGAGCGACAAAAUAAAGAGCUCAAAGCCAAACUAACUGAGAUUGAGACGGCACAGCGCACUAAAGUGAAGGCUACAAUUGCAACUCUAGAAGCCAAGAUAUCUAAUCUAGAAGAACAGUUAGAAAAUGAAGGCAAAGAACGGUUGUUGCAGCAGAAAGCUAACCGCAAAAUGGAUAAAAAGGUAAAGGAACUUACGAUGAAUAUCGAAGAUGAACGUCGCCACGCUGACCAAUACAAGGAGCAAAUCGACAAGCUUAAUAGCCGUAUGAAAUUACUUAAACGAAAUCUUGACGAAACCGAAGAAGAGUUGCAGAAGGAAAAAACUCAAAAACGCAAAUACCAACGUGAGUGUGAAGACAUGAUUGAGAGCCAAGAAGCAAUGAACCGCGAGAUCAACUCCUUGAAAACUAAGUUAAGGCGAACUGGUGGGGGUAUGGGUCUGAGUUCGAGUCGCUUGACUGGCACGCCAUCGUCGUCGAAGCGAAUCGAUGAUAAUUCUUCGGUGCAAGAUGAAUCCUUAGACGGCGAAGAUUCCGGCAAUUAACAUAUUAAUUAAAGCUAAAUUUUUAAUUGAAUGAAUAUACGAAACAUAUUUUAAUUUCGCUUAUUACUUACAAAAUCAAACACUCCAUUUCUCUGCCGACAAUUAUUUUGUUAGCAGCAACUAAAUUAUCAAGCUAUAGAAAAACAGCACUUCACCCAUACAACAUUUAAAAAAUACGCGAAAAAGUAUCGAAAAUACCGUAUUGAUUAUCAAUUAAAAACAUUUGUAUACUUUUUAUAUGUCCACGUGACUUUUAUACAUACAUUCUCCACUUAAGCAUAGAGGUAUGUAUAAUGCAUGCCCGUAUAUAUAAAUUCAAAACGUACCAAACAAAUGCAUAGCCGAUUUACCAAAUUUAUACCAUAAUUUAGGUGAGCCCAUAGACGAGUAUUUGAGUAUUUACGGAAAAUUGCAUUUAUACAAUUAAGAGAAAAAUAAAAUUAUAAAAAUAUACAGGGUAAAACGGAAUAUUUAUUGGCACGUUAUGUAUACACUAAACUUUACAGUGUGUAUUCGUUAUACAGGUUGCAAUUUUUCCGAGUACUUCCGUUGUUUCCUUGUAAUUAUUAUUAUUAGAAGCAGAGUGAUUAGAAUAAAGAAUCAGAAUAUUUCAAAUUUUUUUCUAAAUUCGUUAACCAAUGCUUGAUUUUGAUUUAAUUGCAGUGUACAGUGUAUUUUCUUAUUGAAUAGGAUUUUAUCACCUAAACUUGUUAGAAACCUUUAAAACCUUCUUAAGGAUAUGGCGUGAGACAGGGGCGUAUAUACAUACAUAUGUACCAUGAGUGUACAACAUCUGCUCUGAAAACCAACAAAAUUAAAUUGAGAAAAUACGUACAUACAUACAUAUAUCGGUGUAUAAAAUGAUUUAUUGCACAUUCCCACACCUCAAGUAUUAAAUUUUUUUGAAAGAUACAUGCCGUGCCUUAAUAAAUGCGUUCAAUACUGGUCGUUGGUGUAUGCAGGACAGAUUUGAAUUUUCACAUGAUCACACAAAAAUAUAUCGCCAACAAACUUUAUUUUUAAAGCAAACCGUUGUGCUUAAUUGGGAAAACGAAAUGACAGGGACCCCAAAUAAUGAUUGUUUAUCAGAUAUCAAGAACGAAAAAAAACGUACCUACUGUAAGAGCAAUGAUUCUUUCAUAGGGAACCCUUUUCUACUUUUAUGUGCUAACAUUUUUUGUAGUUUU